AUGUCGAGUACGCCCACGCUCGCCUCCCCGGGCUCAGCAGCGGCCGCUCCCUCGUCAUCUUCCACGAGCGCAUGGAAGGAGUACAAGAAUGCCGAAGGUCGCCCUUACUGGUUCCACUCUGCCGAGAAGCGCAGUGUAUGGGAGAAGCCAGAUGAACUCAAGACUCCCAGGGAGAGGGCCAUCGCAAGUACCAGGUGGAAAGAGUACAAGUCUGAUAAAGGAAGGGAAUAUUACGUGAAUUCGGAUACAAAAGAGACGACAUGGAACGUACCUCAAGAGGUCAAAGUCCUCUUUGAUGCCAUCCCCGAUGAGAGUUCCUCUGCUGCAGGGACGCCUGCCCAACCGCUCUCAGCAGCUGCUUCUCCCGCACAUGCAUCAUCGCCUUCGGGGACAGGGGCAACAGCUGCCAGAGUAGCUCCUGGGCCACCUCCUCUUGCCCCUCCGCAGCUGGGGAAUCUGACUCCCACGAAUGGCGGACCGCCUAGGCAAAUCUACGCAGGUCCUCCGCCUGGCUUUGGCCCUGGCCCACCUCCCGGAGCUCCACCCAUGCGGCCUCCGCCCUCGGGCCCAGCAGCUGGCACAUCUACUCCACCAAUGGGUCCUAUCCCUACAGGUCCAGCCGCCAACAAUCAGCGCUUCGCGUCACCUCAUGAUGCGUUCCGCUUCCUUCUCAAGAGUCAUGGGAUCACCGCCACUGCCACUUGGGAACAGACGAUGCGAGACCUCAUCACAGACCCUCUUUACAAGUCGUUGAGGACCGUGGCGGAUCGUAAAGCCGUCUUCUAUGAGCAUCAGGCAGAGUUGAAGCGGCAACAAGAGGAGGAGAGGGGGCAGAAGAAGGCAGAGCUACGACCUGCUGUGCUGGAGGUGCUGCGAGAGGCAGCGAAAGAGGAGAAGCUCAAAGAGUAUUCUUCAUGGCGGACCGUCAAGAAAUUGCUCGGCGAUCAGCCUCAAGUUCGAGCUGCUGUCGAUGCCAUUGGAGAUGAAGACUGCCAAAGCUUCUGGGCGGAAGUGAAAAAGGAGCUGAAGGCUGUGGAAGAGUCGUCCAUUCGAGAGAUGCGUCACCGGAACAUGGAUCUUUUGAUGUCCCUCCUCCGGACGUUCGAGGCUGACACAACGACGCGCUGGCGAGACGCCCAUCGAACAGUACUCGAGUCCUCAGAGUGGAAGCAGGACGCCCAUCUCUCGAAGAUGGAGGUAGCCGACAUGCUCAUUGUCUUCGAGGAGUACAUCCGCGGCAUCGAGCGCGAGGAAUCGGAUCGUCGCAAAGACGAGGACAAGCAAAGGGUCAGGAUGGAGAGGAAGAGGAGGGACGAGUUCAGGAAGCUAAUGACUGAAGGAAGGGAGGCUGGCUGGAUCCACUCCAAGACUACUUGGCCACAGGUCUACAAGCGUCUGAAGGAGGAUGAGAGGCUUAGUUCUAUGCUGGGUCAGAAGGGGUCCACGCCGCUUGACCUCUUCUUCGACACAAUCGACGCCUGCGACAGAAGCGUCGAAGCGAGGACGGCUUCUGUCGAGGCUUUGAUCAAGGUCGGCGACAGGCAGUGGGAGGGAGUGACUGAAGAGACGACCUGGGAGGAUUUCCUCGCAAAGAUCCAAGUCGGGCUGAAGAAUGCUGGACAGGAAGAAAGGUGGUCUUCUGUGGCCAAAGAGGAUACCGAGCUGAGACUAGUCUACGAAGAUCUACACCACACUGCCUCUCGCUUCGCCCGCGAGGCUCGCAAACGUCACGAGCGCCACAUCAGGCAUCUCAUCGACGAUGCCCGGUACGGCCUGAAGAAAUCCGCACCGGACUCCCUCCUAGCUCUAGCCGAAGAAGGCGUCCCCCUCGCGCAGGUCCGGGAGACGAUCGAGUCCCUCAAGAUGCGCGAGUGGAGGAAACUGGACGACGAGAUUUCAAACGUCGAGGAGAGGGAAGAGGUGAAGCAGACUACGUGGGAUAAGUUCUGCAAGAGGCAGAAGGAAAAGGCCGAGGAGAGGGCUGCUGCUGCUGCUGUCACGUCUUCAAGGGGAGGAGCCGACAGUGCUAUGGCCAGCUCGAGACGCUCUGCUGCCCUGUCCGACGAUGGCAGAGGCGGAGAUCGGGCUGGUAGUGAUAGCGGUCGCAAGAGGAAGAGCGAUGCACAUGCACAUGCUCACGGCAACGGUAAUGGUCACAGUGCCGACUACGAGGACAAGGAGCGUGAGAGGGACCGGACUAGACGCAGGGAGGAUCGCGAUCGACGUCGAGGCGGAUACGAGUAUGACGAUGCGAGGAAUGGUAGCAGUAGAGAGAGGGAGAGGGAGCGCUCUUCGAGGAGAAGAGAGGGUGUGGAAGAUGGAGAGCUAGUGGGCGAUGAGACUGCGAGGAAGCGCUCCAAACUCGAUUUGGACUCGCCUCAGCACAAUGCCAGGAAUGCGCCAGCACCUCAACCUACCAGUAGCGGCAUAUCGGCUCACGCAGCCGAUGAUGACGACAAGGAGGAAGGCGAAGUCUGA